UCGGCACCCGCGCGCGCUGCUCGCCUCCCGGCGUGAUCUUAAGCUCAUUUCUGCACUGUUUUACUGAAGAGCCCAUUAAGAGAGCCAGUGAAUCCUGUAGAAAAUGGCGUUCAGUGAUCUGACAUCGAGGACUGUGCGUUUUUAUGAUAAUUGGAUCAAAGAUGCUGAUCCAAGAGUUGAAGACUGGCUCCUCAUGUCCUCACCUCUGCCACAAACCAUCAUCCUGGGGCUCUAUGUCUAUUUUGUUACAUCUCUGGGACCAAAACUCAUGGAGAACCGGAAGCCCUUUGAACUCAAGAAAGCGAUGAUAACGUACAAUUUUUUCAUAGUACUGUUUUCUGUGUAUAUGUGUUAUGAGUUUGUGAUGUCUGGCUGGGGUACAGGUUACUCGUUUCGAUGUGACCUUGUUGACUAUUCUCAGUCGCCAAGAGCAAUGAGGAUGGUGCACACCUGCUGGCUUUAUUACUUCUCCAAAUUUAUUGAGCUGUUAGACACUAUCUUUUUUGUUCUGCGUAAGAAAAAUAGCCAAGUGACUUUCCUUCAUGUCUUCCAUCAUACGAUUAUGCCAUGGACCUGGUGGUUUGGAGUCAAGUUUGCUGCAGGUGGUUUGGGAACUUUCCAUGCCUUUUUAAAUACAGCUGUGCACGUGGUCAUGUACUCCUACUAUGGACUGUGUGCAAUGGGACCAGCCUACCAGAAGUAUUUAUGGUGGAAAAAACAUUUGACAUCUUUGCAGCUUGUCCAGUUUGUUCUUGUCACUGUCCACAUAGGCCAGAUCUUCUUCAUGGAGGACUGUAAUUACCAGUAUCCAGUUUUCCUGUACAUCAUCAUGAGUUACGGAUGCAUCUUCCUGGUGCUCUUUCUCCACUUUUGGUAUCGUGCUUACACCAAGGGUCAGAGGUUGCCCAAAACUAUAGAAAAUGGGAAUUGCAAAAGCAAGCGCCACUAAAACACAAACGCAGCCUGGAUUUACAAUGGAGACUGAUGAUACCUUGCCUUCCUUGACAAUCAAGACAUACUUGCCUAUGCAGUGCAUUUUGUAUAUUUUUCAAAACCAAGAGCUUGUAUUUUUUAUGAUAAGUUAUUUGGGUUUCUGAUCUCUGAGAGUCCAAAGCUCCCACAUAAGUCUUCUCAGGGGAAGAGUCUGGAACAGCCAGGAGGUUUCCUGUUGCCUUUCAAACCAAUCAGAGGUCUUAAUACAUCUUGCUACAUUGAGAGGAGGAUAUGAAGUGAUAUAGUGCUCUUCUAGGAACUCGAGAAAUGAUGAAAAAUACAAGCUAUUUUGAAUAUGAACAGAGGUCCACAGAGUACAAUAGAUUCCUCCUGCUUGGUGUGGAAACCCUUGAUGCUGGGUUCUGUCUGUCACUCAUCCCUUAUACUCAGAAGACAAUACAUUCAUUCUAGAGCUCAGUUCUAAAGUGCUAACACAGGUAAAGUCUAUGUGGAUUUUUGAUAAGCUAUCAUUCUAAAUUGUUAAUGGUAAGUUAGAAUGGUCUUCUGGGUCCUUGCCACAAGAUCUGCCCACAAGACUUCCUCCCAACCCGUGUACAAGCUGUUAGAGGCAGUGAUGCUUCCAUAUCUGCACUGAUGCCUGUGACCCUAAGGUGAAGGUAACUUUAUGUUGCAAAGAAGAUCAUUUGUGUCAACAGUUGAAUGAAUGCUUUGCUAAUGAUGAUUCUACAAUUAACUUGGUGCGUAUCUGAAAAGAGGGAUGUGUCAAUUAAAAAAAAAUAUGCUAUGGAAUUCAGUGAGGAAAGGUAUGAUCUGUUGUAGUAUAAUGCCACUCUCUGAUAUGUCAUGGUUUAAGGGAUUGUUUUGCCAAAGUAUGUAUUGGCUAGAUAUCUAAGUGUUCAUGUGAUUGACUUACCUCAGAUGCUUUUGAGUCACAUAUUAAUUUUUGAAUCUCUACUGUGCAAAAGGGCUUUUGAAGCAACUGGAGUUGGGCGGUGCAGAAUAUCAGAGGCAAUAUUUGGUUACAUAAACAAGGGUUGUUAGAUUUUGAGAGAUAAAGACACUACAUUAUGAUUGUGUAUUAUACAUAGUGUUGCAGAUACACUGCAUGAAGAGCUAUGUUCCAGAAUCAUAAAUUAGCCAGGAUUUCUAUUUCUUCAGACUUAUAAGCCAUAUUGUGAAGGGCUGAAAUUCAUGUGGCAUCUCCCCCACACCUUUAAAAAUGCUACUUUCUAAAAUGUCCUUCUUCUUGCGGGUGAACCAGAACAACUUAGCAAUACUUGGACAUUUGUGAAGCUGUCAAUGUUAUUUCCUUUUCCUCUUUGAAGAACUAUCUAUGUGUGAACAACUUCAAAAUCAGCACAGAUGGCCUUGGUCAUGUUCGCCACACAGUGUUGCUCACUUUUCUACAAAGCCAGAGUCCUCGUGGACUGUAAACUCUCGAGUUUUGCCUGCCCUCUCCUGAUCCAUUACUCUGUUUUCGAAUUCACUCAGUUUAUAAAGUUAUUUGCCAUCAAGUGGCCUUUAGUGACUCCACUUGCUUACAAUGAAAAGCAGAGGAUAAUAGGAAGCUUUUCAUACUUAAAAAAAAAAAAAGUAACAGACAAGCCAAGCUGAAGGGAGCAGCUGUGCUAGUCAGUCACUGUGAAGGUCUCAGGGAUCCAAGUUUUCCUAUCUUGACUCUGUGUGUCCAGCCUGGGUUAAGAUCGGAUGGAAUGGUAGAUGCUGUCUCAUACACAAGCAAUUCCCAAAGACUCAAGUAGGGCAAAGACCCAAAGGAACUGAAAGUAGAGAAUAAGACAGGAGACUUUAUUUAUUUCCUCUCCUCUUCUACACACCUUCUUCUCCCCCCUCCAAGUAUUUAACAUAUUUGAUAUGCCUACGGACUAAGAGCAACACUGUGACAUACCACAUUUUUAACUAUAUGAAUGAAGGCAGGGAGGUGAAAUGUUAUAUGGAAACAGAUCAAAGUUCACAGUGUCCCCCACAUAAGUAUCCGUGGAGCAAAUUGAGUGUCACUGGUUGUAGGAUUUGUGUGGGCAGUGUUCAGUGUCGGUUAAGCAGAGUUUCUAAUGGGGUUUCCCUACUUUUCAGGACUUUAUUGCCUUUACAUUAGCUUGCCUAAUAAACAAACAGCUAUUAAGUAUAGUUUAUUAUAAAAGUUCUAUGAGUCCUUGAGGUCCAAUAUAUAUAUAUAUACAUAUAUGUUAUAAAUACAAAAUUUUAAUUAUCUAUGGGGUAUUAGGACUCUCUGUCUUCAUACUUAAUGAGAAUUCUAAUUUGAGUAUACUACAUUGUUUCAUAGUUUGGGAAAUUAUGAGAUUGUAUCCCUUGGCUAGCUCUUAUUUCUGUUCACUUUUUAAUGACUGGAAGUUGUGAGAAGUUGGAUUUGUUCUCUGUGCUAUAAUAAAUCUGUGGUAUCACAUG